AUGCAUCUCUUCAGACUGCUUGCGCUGACAGCGCUUUCCCUGACCGCUGCUGUCUCCGCAAAAAAGGCUGCCACGACAAGCAAAUUCGACACGUACUUCGCCAAACAAGUCUCAUCCGCACCUUUCGAACUCGACGAGAAAAGCUACAAUGAGCUGACGGCCUCACCGCGGGACUACUCACUCGCUGUCCUACUGACCGCUCGAGAUCCAAAAUAUGCAUGUGGAAUUUGUCGAGAUUUCGAUCCGGAAUGGAGCAUUUUGGGGAGAAGCUGGCAGAAGGGAGAUCGACAUGGGGACAAGAGGUUGCUUCUGAGCACGAUCGAUUUUGAUCAGGGCAGGAAUGUUUUCAUGAAGCUCCAACUCCAAACCGCUCCUGUCCUCCUCUUGUUCCCUCCCACGGUGGGUGAGCAUGCCAAACCGGACGGCUCACCACUCCGACUCGAUUUUCUCGGUCCGCAAACGGCGGAAGGCGUCUACAGCUGGCUCCUGCGACACCUCCCAGCCGGCCACUAUCCUCCAAUCGUCCGACCCAUCAACUAUGCAAGAAUUGGCGCCUCUCUGACCAUAGCCUUGGGGCUGUUUACGUUUAUCACAGUGGCAUAUCCCUACCUGAUGCCGAUUAUUCAGAACCGCAAUUUGUGGGCCGGAAUCAGUUUGAUCAUGAUCCUGCUCUUUACCAGCGGACAUAUGUUCAAUCAUAUCCGCAGGGUACCCUACGUUGCUGGAAAUGGGCGUGGUGGGAUAAGUUACUUUGCUGGUGGAUUUCAGAAUCAGUACGGGAUGGAGACACAGAUUGUCGCUGCAAUGUAUGCACUUCUUGCCUUCGCAACGAUCAAUCUCGCUCUCCGAGUGCCGCGGAUUAAGGAUCCCAAGACCCAGCAAGCAGCAGUCAUAAUCUGGGCAGCGGUUAUUUUCGGGAUGUACAGCUUCUUGAUGAGCGUCUUUCGGGUCAAGAACGGGGGCUAUCCGUUCUGGCUGCCACCGUUUUGA